AUGAGUGUACCGCUCCACUGGAUGUCCAAGAACAUGAACCAAAAGUCUUCCUCUUCAUCCUCCUCUUCCUCCUCCUCCUCCUCCUUCUCUGCGCAGGGUUCAGCCGAUUCCUACACGAGUAGACCCUCGGAUUCCGACCUGUCCCUGGAGGAGGACAAGGAGGCGUCUCGGCGUGAAGCCGAGCGCCAGGCGCAGCUGCAGCUCGACAGAGCCAAGGCCAAACCUGUAGCAUUUGCCGUCAAGACGAAUGUCAGUUACUGUGGGGCUCUGGAUGACACCUGUCCUGUCGAGGGUGCAGCCAUCAACUUUGAAACCAAAGAAUUCCUACACAUAAAAGAGAAAUACAACAAUGACUGGUGGAUCGGGCGCCUGGUGAAGGAGGGAGCGGACAUCACCUUCAUCCCCAGCCCUGUCAAGCUGGAAGCCAUGAGGAUAAAGCAAGAACAGAAAGCAGCCCAGAGGAAAGCUGGAAACGCCUCAUCCAGGGGCUGGAGCUCCACACCGCCCUCUGCAGCCAAACAGAAGCAAAAGCAGACGGAACAUGUGCCGCCAUAUGACGUGGUUCCAUCCAUGAGACCGGUGGUGUUGGUUGGCCCCUCCCUGAAAGGCUACGAGGUCACAGACAUGAUGCAGAAAGCUCUCUUUGACUUCCUAAAGCACAGAUUUGACGGGAGAAUCUCGAUCACGCGAGUGACCGCAGAUCUGUCUUUAGCCAAGAGGUCGGUCAUCAAGAAGCCCAUGAUGGAGAGGACCAGCACUCGCAGCAGUCUGGCGGAGGUCCAGAGUGAGAUUGAGAGGAUCUUUGAGCUGGCCAAGAGCCUGCAGCUGGUGGUGUUGGACGCGGACACCAUAAACCACCCAACACAGCUCCUCAAGACCUCCCUGGCCCCCAUCAUCGUCUACGUCAAGGUGUCCUCACCAAAGGUCCUGCAGAGACUUAUAAAGUCCAGGGGGAAAUCGCAGAGCAAACACCUCAACGUUCAAAUGAUGGCUGGUGACAAACUGGCACAGUGUCCUCCGGAGAUGUUUGAUGUCAUUCUGGAUGAGAAUCAGCUGGAGGACGCCUGCGAGCACUUAGCCGAGUAUCUGGACUUCUACUGGCGGGCCACACACUUUCCUGGAUCUGCUCCCGUCUACCCUUUAGUAGAGCAAAACGCAGCCACCCCUCCCUCAGCCAACUCCAGCCAACAGUUCUCAGAGACACAAGAAUUGAUUGAAUGAGCACUUCAAGGGUCAAGGUGGGCCCAAGUGGAGAGAAGAAGCUUCCGGACCGUUGCUGACUGGAGCCUCUGGUUCUCCAGGGCCUGCAGAUCUCAGCCUCCCCGACCGAGGGCUCAGCAGGUUGCCCAGGGGCAGAUCAGGAUGGAGAGCUGG